UUUAAUUUCCCUCACUCUUCUUCUUCUUCUUUGACUUUUUUUUUAAUACUCAGCUGAAUGCAUCAUCAAUCCAUAGCCUUAAAACCCCUCCAAUUCCCUUUCCCGCCCCACCUUCACCCUCCUGACACUAUCCCUUAUCGCCGCCGUUUUCCCAUCAUUUCCUUUCCCCUCCAUCAAAACACCACCACUUACUCUCCCUGUUCUGCCGCCAGCUUCCGGAGUUUCCAUAUCCCAGUUUCCAAUCACCCCCCUCGCUCUCUCCCAUCCUCUAACGCCAUCAAACACGCCGCCGUCAAAACCGUCGAUGUCGCAACUCUCGGCAACCUCUGUGUUGAUAUUGUCCUCAAUGUUCCCAAAUUGCCCCCGUCAUCUCCAGGCCCACGCGAAGCCUUCAUGGAACAGUUGUCAUCUUCUCCUCCCGAUAAGCGAUAUUGGGAAGCGGGUGGAAACUGUAAUACGGCUAUAGCAGCUGCGAGGUUGGGACUCAAUUGUCUUUCAAUAGGUUAUGUCGGUAAUGACAUUUAUGGAAAGUUUCUUCUAGAUGUGCUUCGUGAUGAAGGAAUUGGUAUGGUUGUAAUGAGUGAAGAAACUGAUUUUGUCAAUAGUCCUGGUCGUUCUUAUGAAACUCUCUUAUGUUGGGUGCUUGUUGAUCCUUUACAAAAACAUGAUUUUUGCAGUCCAGUAGAUUUUUGUGAGGAACCUGCUUUUAGCUGGAUGAGUACACUUUCUGAAGAAGUAAAGAGGGGUAUUAAGCAGUCGAGGAUCCUUUUUUGUAAUGGUUAUGCUUUUGACGAGCUUUCCCCUGCUUUGAUAUCCUCAGCUGUGGAUUGUGCAAUUGAAGCUGGUACAUCAGUGUUUUUUGAUCCCGGGCCGUGUGGGAAGAGUCUUUUAGGUGGAACUGUGGAAGAGCAAAAUGCAGUUAGGCAUUUGUUGAGGAUGAGUGAUGUCCUUCUUCUAACAUCUGAUGAGGCCGAAUCAUUGACUGGCAUAGUGAACCCCAUACUAGCAGGGGAAGAAUUGCUAAGUAAAGGAGUCCGCACCAAAUGGGUGGUAGUGAAGAUGGGUCCUAAGGGUUCAAUUCUGAUAACUCAGACAAGUAUUUCUUGUGCAUCAGCAUUUAAGGUGAAAGUCAUGGACACCGUUGGCUGUGGAGAUAGUUUUGUUGCAGCAAUUGCAUUUGGUUUUAUACAUAAUUUUCCUUUGGUUACAACAUUAGGAUUUGCGAAUGCUGUGGGUGCUGCUACUGCCAUGGGUUGUGGCGCCGGUAGGAAUGUAGCAACAUUGAAGCAAGUUGUAGAACUCAUGGAAGCACAUGACCUGAACGAGGAUGAUGGUUUUUGGAAGGAGCUACUUGGUGAACAUUUGGAAUCAGAAGAGGUUACUUUUCUGACAAAAAUGGUUUUAAAUGGAGGCAAUGGCAGAAUGAAUCGUGUUGCAUUCCGAAAGGCGGUUUCUGAAUUGCUGCCCAAGCUAAAAUCUUGUCAAUUGGAGGGAACACUGUCACAUUGAUUGACUUGCAACAGGCGUUCAGCAAUGGUGCAAAAAGUACAUAGCAAGUCCAUAUAUGAAUUCAACAGGCAUUUUAGUAGUUACUAGAUCUUCAGUGAGUUUAUGAACACUUUUUUUGGCGACAGUCGGUCAUACUUUGAUAGAUUCGUGCAGUGGCUGAAAGAAGCUUUUGCAUAGCUAUAUAAAAUUAAAAAGAUGUUCACUUUGUUUAUGUAUUUUUAUAAUUAUUUGUUUUGAUUUUGUAACUUGAAAGAUAGCGUCCCCCAAUAUGUAUCAGAAUAUCAGUUGUCUCAUGCUUUCAUGUGA